AUGUCAAAAUUAACUAAUAUGUAUUACUCACAAUAUGAAAGCUCUAUAGAAAGUGAAGGUGCUUAUGAUUCUGACAAUUCAAACAUGCAUAAAAUAUUAAAAGAGUCACCAUCUCAUGCUAAAUUCUAUGAAUAUAUUAAAUGCAGAAAUAAUGAAGAAUUAUUACACGAGUUUUGGAAAACUAAGAUACGUGAAGCAAAUUUUGCAAAAUAUAUCCAAGACCAUUGCGGCAUGCUAAUUGAUCUAGCAGACAAUCGUGUAUGUUACAUUUAUAAACCUGUUGUUGAUGAAACUCAUUUACCAGGUAUCAAAUUUAAAAUAACAUUUAUUUAUAUUAAAUUAUUGCGCAAAUGGUAUAUUAGUUUAGGGCGCAGUCGUUUACCUGAUAUAAUAACACUUGAUAACAAAGUAAAAAAUGGUAUUUAUAAUCCUACUGAUAAAAAAAUCCUGAAACUGAUAAUGGUUGACCAUAUGAAAGAAGUUUACAAAGGCAUAGAAGUUCAUGUAAAUAAAUUUUUAACCAACAUCAAAAUAAUGCUAUGUGAAAAAGCCUGGCCAAAAGAUGUAAAAAAAACAAGUACAGAAGACAUAAUUAUUCUAGACAUAACACUAGUAUUACAAAGUUUGAAUCAACGGCCUGGACAAGCUAUGACUAUGCAAAGCAUGCAAAGUAAAAUAUCAGGAAUGGGUAUGAUGUCUGCUCAAACCAGUGGUCCAAUGAAUCAUAUGGGUCCAAUUCAAACCAUGCAAACUAAUUCAAUGUUAACACAAAUGAAUUCAAUGGGACAAGGAAAUAUGCCUCAACAAAUGAAUCAAAUGGUUCCCAAUCAAAUGGCACAAAUUACUACAGGUCAAAUGCAGCAAAAUAUGCAAACUCAAAUGCAAAACCAAUUAUCUAAUCAAAUAAGCAAUCAAAUUAGUGGAUCUAUAAGUGGAAUUCAGACAAAUAUACCACAGCAAAUGAAUCAGAUUGCUCCAGGGCAAUUAGGUCCUGGUCAAAUGCAGCAACAAUUAAGUCAUAUACAAAGAAAGCAAGGAGAAAUAAUAAAUGCUGGUUUCCCGGGUCCUCGAAAUGUUACACCUAAUCAAUUUCUGGGUCAGAGUCCAUCACCAUCUGCUCCAAGUCCUGCUGGUUUAGGUGCACCAUCAAGGCAUGGCUCCAUCUCCUAGCAGUUCUUUAAACACUCCUGGCGGAGUAGGUGCCACUCCAAGCCCUCAACAAGAAGAUCAAGCAUAUAGAGAUAAAGUUAGACAAUUAAGUAAAUAUGUAGAACCUCUACGAAGAAUGAUUGCUAAAAUGGGAAAUGAAGGAAAUGUUGACAAACUGAGCAAAAUGAAGAAACUUUUAGAAAUUUUAUCAAAUCCUAGUAAACGGAUGCCUUUAGAUACAUUAUUAAAAUGUGAAGUAGUUCUAGAAAAAUUAGAUUUUAAACGAAGCGAUGCCAGUGUUGGACCUCCAAUCACAACUUUAAAAGAACACCAUUUCUUCAGCCCACUUCUAGAAGCCAUAAGCACUCAUCUACAAAGUCCAGUUGUGAAUCAUACAUUACAACGUACCUUUGGACCGUGUCUAGAAGCUUUAUUUGGCCCGGAGAUAAAAAAUUUACCACCGCCAUUAAAAAAACAAAAAAUAGAAGAAUCUCCUAGUGAAAUACCAGACGUAUUACAAGGAGAAAUAGCCCGAUUAGAUCAACGAUUUAAGGUCAGUCUUGAUCCAGCACAACAAACUGGAUCAAAAUGUAUUCAAUUAAUAUGCUGGUUAGACGAUCGUCAUCUUCCAUGCGUACCUCCUGUAUCAGUAACUGUCCCUGCAGAUUAUCCAUUAACACCACCACGUUGUGUCAUGGCACCGCACGAAUAUGCCACAACAUUUCUUUGUGCGGUUCAGAAAGCUUUGAACGCACGUAUAACGAAACUUCCUCGA